UCCUCGUUGGUUGAGCCACUGCCCUUUCACUCCCUCGACGAGUCCGUCACUCUCGCAAAAAUCCUUCCUUUCUUCAAAAGGCCAAACUCCCGGCUUUCUCCUCCCUUUAAAAAUAAAAGGAAAAUAUCUUUCACCAAACCCCCAUUUCCUUCCUCUCUACAUCUAACCCCCAUUUCCGUUCCUUUCAUUGCCGUCGUCUUUCCCGCCCAAAAAAUGGAAGUCUCCCCAGCUCUCUCACGCAUAGGCCUAGCUGGCCUAGCCGUCAUGGGCCAAAAUCUGGCCCUAAACGUCGCCGAAAAAGGCUUCCCAAUCUCCGUCUACAACCGCACCACCUCCAAAGUCGAGGAAACUGUCCAGCGAGCCCAGGAGGAAGGCCAGCUUCCACUCUUCGGCCACUACUCCCCUCGCGAAUUCGUCCUCUCAAUCCAACGGCCCAGAUCUGUUGUCAUAUUAGUCAAAGCCGGUUCACCGGUCGAUCAAACCAUCGCCGCUUUGUCUGACCACAUGGAACCUGGCGACUGCAUCAUCGACGGUGGUAACGAGUGGUAUGAAAACACUGAGAGAAGAAUCCAAGAAGUUUCCAAUAAGGAUCUUCUUUAUCUCGGUAUGGGCGUUUGUGGCGAAGAAGGGGCACGUAAUGGCCCAUCGUUGAUGCCCGGUGGAUCUCAUCAAGCCUAUUCGAAUAUCAAAGACAUACUGGAAAAGGUGGCGGCCCAAGUCGAAGAUGGACCUUGCGUCACUUACAUUGGCGGAGGAGGAUCAGGUAAUUUCGUUAAAAUGGUUCAUAAUGGAAUCGAAUACGGUGAUAUGCAGUUAAUUUCUGAAGCUUAUGAUGUUCUUAAACAUGUUGGGGGGCUUUCGAAUGAUGAAUUGGCGGAGAUUUUUGCGGAAUGGAAUAGGGGAGAGCUUGAAAGUUUCUUAAUUGAGAUAACAUCUGAUAUAUUUAGAGUUAAGGAUGAGUUGGAAGAUGGGUAUUUGGUGGAUAAGAUUUUGGAUAAGACUGGGAUGAAAGGGACUGGGAAAUGGACUGUGCAGCAAGCUGCUGAGUUAUCUGUUGCUGCUCCUACUAUCGCUGCUUCAUUGGAUUGUAGGUAUUUGAGUGGAUUAAAGGAGGAGAGGGAGAAUGCAGCUGGGGUUUUGAAAGAAGCCGGAUUGAAAGAGGAAGUUGGAAGUUUAGCACAGGGGAUUGAUAAGAAAAGAUUGAUUGAUGAUGUUAGGCAAGCCUUGUACGCUUCAAAGAUAUGCAGUUAUGCCCAAGGGAUGAAUUUGUUAAGAGCUAAGAGUGUGGAAAAAGGGUGGAAUUUGAAUUUGGGAGAGUUGGCUAGGAUUUGGAAAGGUGGAUGUAUUAUAAGGGCUGUGUUUUUGGAUAUCAAGAAGGCUUACCAGAGGAAUCCCAAUUUGGCUAGCUUGGUUGUGGACCCUGAGUUUGCUAGGGAGAUGGUUCAGAGGCAGGCAGCUUGGCGAGUUGUGGGGCUGGCUAUCUCCGCUGGGAUUAGCACUCCUGGAAUGUGCGCAAGUCUUGCCUAUUUUGAUACCUAUAGGCGUGCAAGGCUCCCAGCCAACCUUGUGCAGGCACAGAGGGACUUGUUUGGGGCGCAUACCUAUGAGAGGACUGAUCGUCCAGGGGCAUUUCAUACGGAGUGGACAAAGCUUGCCCGCCAGAGUACUGCCAGUGUUGAUGGGAUAAACUGGUAAUGGGAUCCCACCAGUGGCUCUUGAAUCAGCUGCAAAUAGAAUGGGGCAAGAACCUUUUGAACUAGAUGCAAAUAGAAUGGGGCAAGAACCUGUUGUGUUCGUUGCCUGGAUCUCUUUUGCCUGAAUAUGGCCACUAUGGAGUUCUCAUAAGGUGCACACUCCAAAAAAUGCACUCAAUUUCUGUUUGCAAAAGAGUCUGUGGUAGAACUAUUUAGGUACCUGUUUCAUUUUGUUAUCUUAUAAAAUGAACUCUGAACUGGUUUCUGAGAAGCUUUAUCUGGUAGAUCUUCUGCAAUGUAAAAAAGAACGAGGAAAACUUCAUUGAAAAUGCAUUUGUUUGACAAAGGUCUCUCAACUUCUUUUUCAAU